CCACUAGAUCAGAUCCAUUAAACUCAACUCAACGGCUAAAUUCAGAAACAGAAAGAACGCCCCCUAUAGUAAUAAAUAAAUAAUCGAAACGAAAAAAGAAGAGCGCGUCAAUCACCAAAAACACGUUCACUCCAAGUUCUUCUUUCUUCUUCGCAAACUGCGUUUUCUUUGCAGUUUCCCAAUCGAACUUUUGUUGACUGACGCCAUUUUCCAAUUGUCUUUGUUCUUAUUCUAAUUCCUCCCUCUUCUCCGAGGACUUCUUCCAGGGAGUAAAUUCAGGAUUUGUUGAGAACUUUACGUUUCAUCUGCAUUUCACUCAAUUCUGCAAUAACAGAGACGACAAUGUUCAAUUCAAAGAAUUCCCCUGUCAAAGUUGGUCCCGUCAAUGAUGUUAAAUCCUGGUCGAAUCCGUUUGAUUCUGAUGAUGAGGAAAAUGAUAGCAGAAAGACGAGUUCAUCGAAGAAGACGUCGUCUUCAGAACGAGCACUAGUUACCUUAGAAGUGAACACCAACCCGUUUGAUGAUGUUGAUGACGGUAAGAAAACUCCAUCAUCAACGUAUGCUCAUCGAUCAGCAGACCGUAACAGGUAUAAGAAUCAUUUCCGUGAUUCUGGCGGAGUAGAGAAUCAAUCCAUGCAGGAGUUGGAGAAUUAUGCUGUUUACAAGGCUGAGGAGACUACCAAAUCGGUACACAAUUGUUUGAAGAUAGCAGAGAACAUAAGAGAGGAUGCUGCCAAGACAUUGGUCACCCUUCAUCACCAGGGUGAGCAAAUUACUAGGAGUCACCAUGUCGCCACCGACAUUGAUCGAGAUUUAAGUCGGGGAGAAAAGCUUUUGGGAAGCCUUGGUGGCCUCUUCUCCAAAACAUGGAAACCAAAGAAGACACGUACAAUAACAGGCCCUGUUAUUUUUGGAGAUGAUGCGGUCAGAAGAAAGGGAAACCACUUGGAACAGAGAGAGAAGUUGGGAUUGACUUCUGCAUCCGAAGGGCAGUCCAGGCUGCGAACUCCACCUCAGGAACCAACAGAUGCACUUACAAAAGUUGAGUUUGAAAAGGGUAAGCAAGAUGAUGCACUGUCAAAUUUAAGUGAUCUAUUGGGAGAGCUAAAAGACAUGGCUGUUGACAUGGGAUCAGAAAUUGAGAGGCAUAACAAAGCCUUGGGUCAUUUAGAUGAUGAUGUGGAUGAGUUGAAUUUCCGAGUGAAAGGCGCUAAUCAGCGUGCUCGUCGUCUAAUGGGAAAAUAAGACUGAUUUUCAACUUUUAAUCAUUGUUUUUCCAUACUGUAAUGGAUACAUCAUUUGGGUUAAAGACCAUCUUUAGUUUUUACACUUACUGAAUUUGCCCUAGAUUAAAUUCACCUUUUGUGCAA